GCACUAUGCGAUUGGCGCGCGCUUGCUGCAUACGACGUCUAUCGUUUGAUUUUUAUUCAUCAUCCCUCUUUAUUGCAGAAUCUUCGUUUGUUCUUAUUGUUCAUGUUCUUCGAUGUUUUAUUGUUUUUUUUAUUUGAAACAUUUUUUUCUUGUGCACUGUGACAGCGUGAAUGUUAUUCUGUGCAUAAUUUGCAACAAUGAGUGACUCCGAAAACAGCAACAUUUCGGGUGAAAUACAAGAUUUAGAAAAUAUAUUAGCAAAUAUAUCGACAAAUCCUAUUUAUUUGAAUAAAUCGUCAAUCGAUGAAACCGAUGAAUUAUCUCAAUUCGAUGUAAAUCUCACCAAGCAGGAAAAACCUGGAGAAAUCAAGAUUGAUAAACUCCAAGAAGUUUUGACUUUAAAUAAAGUAUUGAUCGAACAAUUAACAAUCAAACGUAACGAAAUAAGUGAGAUUUUAAGAACUUGCGAAGAGAAUUUAUUGAAGUUAGAUGAAUUGAUGGAAAACCAUGAAAAGAAUCAAAAAAAACAAACGAAAUGGAUUACGUCUAUCGUUGGCAUGCCUUAUUUUAAAGACAAAGAUUUCUUUUUCGCUCCCCCUAAUCAAGAUGCUAAACUUAAAGCAGCACGUGGAGAACUUCAAGUAGCUACUUUCGAAAAAGGUUGCUCAUGGACUUGGAAAGAUAGGCGAAAAAUAUCAGAUAAUGUCUAUGAUGAAAUUGUAAUGUCCGUAUUAGAUCCUACAAAUGCAGAGACAGAAGAUUCUGAAACAGAGGAUACUGACUUAUCUGAAAAUAAAUUUACAAAAAUGUUGAAAGCUAAGGACGUCAAUGAAAUUGUUGGCCCACCAGGAAAGAAACAAUUUGACUGGCUUAAAAUUGCAUUGACCAAUUUCGAUCAAAGACACAGUGCCGACGAGUGUUCAGUCAUGUGGAAUAUUCUUCUACAUCCUGAUAUUAAUAAAAGCAAAUGGACACACGCAGAGGAAUUGAAAUUGAAGACAAUUGCUAAACAUAAUAACUGUGAAGAUUGGGACAAUAUCGCUAAACAACUAAACACUAAACGCAGCGGAUAUCAAUGUUUCGUUAAGUAUACUUCCAUGGAAUAUCUUCUGGAUCUAACAGAGCAACCAUGGACGGAGAAAGAAGAUGAAAAAUUAUGUGAAGUUGUCGCUAAAUGCAAAAUAGGUAAUUUUGUACCUUGGGGAGAUGUAGCAAGUUACAUGACUUGUAGACUUAAAUCAAAUGUUUAUUUUCGAUGGAUGUUUAAGUUAGCUCCGCACUUGAAAAAGGGUAGGUUUACUCAAAAGGAAUCGGAAAUUUUAUUGAAAGGUGUUCAUAAAUAUGGCACUAAUUUUUCUCUCAUUGCUUCACAAUUAUUACCUUCUAGAAGUACCACACAAUUAAUGGAUCAUUAUCAAACUUUAAAAGGUAUUUCUAAGUUCAAUAAUAAUUGGACACUAAUUGCUGAUAUGAAACUUGUCAAUUUAUAUAAGAAAAUGGGUCCUAACUGGGCAAAAAUAGCUAAAGAAUUUAAAUAUAAGAAUAGAACACAAUUGAGACAUCGAUAUAAUGCUUUGUAUAAGUAUGCGAGUAGAGGUAUAACGAUAUAUGAAAUACCUAGAUCUCAAAAUGAUACUUUGUCAAAAGUAGAAGACAAUGAGUUCAACGACGAAGAUUAUUUCAUUGACGAUUUUUCAAAAACUGAUAUUGAAGAUAAAAUAGAUGAAUUAUUGAUAGAGCACUUUCAGAAUACAGAUAACGAAAAUGAAUCUUCCAUGGAUGAAAAUGACGAUUAUGAUCCCGAUGAACUUUUUCGAGACACCAAAGAAUUAUAUUCCAUUUUAGAAACUUUACAAGUAAAUAUGCAAAUUCCAGAUAAUUUUGAUUUUUUUCCAUUAUCUGAAAAAGAUAAAAAAUUAUUAUAUUCCUUGAAAGCGUAUAUAAAGUCUAAGUUUAAUAAACUAUGCGAUAGCGAAGAAAUACAAGCUUACAUGUUAAAAAUGUUCGGUUCACAGAAAAUAGUAGAACCUAAAGAACAUUUUAUACCAAUUCCCUUUCAAACUAACUUAAAUAUUAAAAAGAGUAUACAAAAGGGAGGUAUAAAUUAUGCUUUAAAUUUAAAUGAAAAAUUUAUUUUGGAUGUACCAAUGGAAUUUGAUACACCUGAGUCAAUAAUUAAUCUCAUAGGUGGUUCAGAAGAACAACUACGAUUUGAUAAAAUUAUUGCUUUAUAUUGUGUCGAAAAUGAUAAAUUCAAACAGUGGAAGAUUAAUCGACCUACUAAUGUAUGUAUUAAACCUAAUCUUAAUAAAAAUAAUAAUCUUCCCUGUAGUUGCAAAGUCAAAUCUUCUAAUCCGACUGCAAAUUAUCAAUUAGAAUUGAUGCAACCAAAAAAUACUAAUAAUAAAAGUAAUUCUUCAGGAUAUCAAAGUGAUGUAGCGAUUGAUAAAUUUUUCGAUGAAUUUCAUCUUUGGACGUCGUCUAAAAAUUCUUACAAAACAGUAGUCGAGAAAUUAGAUGAUGAGUCGGUUGUAGCAAUAAAACCAAAUUACAUAACUUUAUUAAUUUAUAGGAAUUUGUUAAAAUCGAAGGUUAUAUCCGAUAUCGAAAAUAUACUUAAAAUUAACUUGGAUAAUGAAACUAUUGGUAAAGAGUACAAGUCAGAAGAUGCAUAUAAACUAUUAAAGAAACGACUUAUACAAUUAUUUAAAUAUCCGAUAUUAAUGUCUCAUUUGUCGUUAAAAGAAUUGGAAACUUCACAAGAAUCGUCUUCAGAAGUAUUUAGCAGUGUUAAAUCUAAUAAAAGAAAAGAGAUGCAACAAAAUAGAUUGAAAAGAAAAAAACUGAAAGUUAAAAAAACUCAUCUAAUUAAAUUUAUUGGCGACAAUGAAAGUUCAUCAUCCUUAAGUACAGAAAAGUCUUGAAACUUUUUAAUUCAAAGAAAAUUCUUAAUUUAUUUUUAUGCACGAAUGUAGAACGUUCCUUAUAUA